CGGAAAGUAGAUCUCUGUAAUAACCAACAUGGCAUCAGUGUAUAAGUCUGCCAAAGCAGGCGAGAAGGCAGAGAACAAGUCAAAUGGCACUGUUGAUAGACGUAUAAAUAAGCAGAGAGUUCUUCUUCUCUCUUCUCGUGGUAUUACAUAUCGUCAUCGUCAUUUGAUGAACGAUCUCGAGGCCAUUCUUCCACAAGCAAAGAAGGAUUCCAAAUUAGACUCAAAAUCACACUUGCAUAUAUUGAACGAGCUUGCUGAGCUCAGCAACUGCAACAACUGUAUCUUCUUUGAAGUGCGAAAACGCCAGGAUUUGUAUAUGUGGAUUAGCAAGACUCCUAAUGGUCCAUCAGCAAAGCUUCACAUUCAAAACAUUCAUACAAUGGAUGAACUCAAGCUCACUGGAAAUUCCUUGAAGGGAUCACGCCAUAUGCUUUCAUUCGAUAAGAACUUCGAUGCAUCACCUCACUACCAGCUCUUGAAGGAGAUGUUCACUCAAGUUUAUGGUGUUCCAAAGGGAGCAAGACGAAGCAAGCCUUUCAUCGACCACAUUCUGUCCUUUUCUAUUGUGGACAACCGAAUCUGGUUCAGAAACUACCAGAUUGUUGAGAAGAAUCCUUCCAACACCCCUGGUUAUACCGCCAAGGAUCAGGAUGAUAUUACGUUGGUUGAAAUUGGACCUCGUUUCUGUAUGACUGUCAUUCGUGUGUUUGAAGGCUCAUUCGGUGGCAGCACUGUCUUUGAGAAUCCUGAAUUCGUCAGUCCUAACAUGAUCCGUGCUGCUCACCGUCGUGAGAAGGCCACCAAAUACAACUCACGCCAGGCUGCCCAAACUGAGCGUAAGGCAAAGUUGAAGGAGGCAGAAGGCAAAGAAUCCGAAUUGAGCACGCGCAAAGUCUUUGGAUAAAAAUGUCAUUGACACUCUGUACUUUUUCCAAUCUACAAAAUCCCAUCCCGCACAUUUUC